CGGCAGAGUUCACGUCACACGAAGCGGAGGUCGACACUGGGUUUCUGGGAGAAUGAGCGGGAUCGCAGAUGCUGCUGCGAGAUACAUCCCAUUUUCCGUAUCGCUGGGACGGGACGAGCGACUCGAUUCGAACAAGGCGUAGAUUGUGGGGAGAAAAGGGAGGAGCCAAGGAGUGAUAGGUGAUGAUGAUGGGAGAAAAUCUCCAACUGCAUCCAGUCCAGCGCAACAAAACCAAGAUGUGGCUAGCCUGUCAAUGACUGCCUGCAUGAUACAUGCACUGUGUUCCCAAUGGAGACCCCUUGUCGUUGCUGCUGUGGCCUCUCUCAACAAGAGGAGGAGCGCGUGGGAGCCCAGGCCUGGAAUUCUCUGUCUCAAGACUUGCUAACCCCUCUUUUCCACAGUAGGCGAGCUGUUGGCUGCUGCAAGACAUCUCACUGCCGAUGAUUGGACAGAGGUGGGAGACGACGUCGAUUUUGGGCCGUGGAUCAUGACCGCAACACCUCUUCCCUCCGCCCUCAUCACUAUCACCUGUUCGCCAUUUUCCCCCGUUUCAUCCAAGAUUGCCCCAAAGCCUUCAUCUCCAUCUCUGGGCCUUUCCUGUUCGCAGGACGGUCUAAGGUAUCACCACACUUUUGUGGUCUGGAGCACAGCACCUGCCUCGCAGGGGACUGUCAUCCCAGGAUCUUUUCUCCCCGGCCUCCACUUGGUGUUCGAAACACAAGGAUAUCCCACCUCUCGACAUCGUCGUACCCUGUCUCGCCCCCCUCCCCUCCCCGCGGACAGCACGUAACCCAGUCCUGUUUGACCAACUGGGUUAGACACGGGGCAGGUCACACCAGAAUUCUGGUGAAAGUUGGUAUUUCCUUGGUGCGAUUUUGCGUCUCACGACACGACCCUUUGGGCACCCCCUCACCCACUAGGCAGUCCGCCAACCCACCAGCCGCAGUCUUCGAGUUCAAAGUUCCCACGGGUGUGGAUGCAUGCUGACGGCGCAUCUGCAACCCAUCCAGGGUUUUGUUGCACUCGACGAGAAGCCAGGCUUGUGCUGCUGUCUUGCUCAACAGGUUGUGAAAGCGGGCUGGUGUUGCACAGCGUUCGAAUUGAAUCCGGCCAAGUCUCGCCCUCUUGACAUCUCGCCGGUCUCGCUUGCAGUGGCAUUUCUCGUGCCGACCAAUCCUUUCCGAGCGCAGUCCCUCCGCCAUCCGGCCCGGUCUCGGUUGUUCUUGCGUCUACUAGACUGUUGCCCGUGUUGCCCGAUCUGUCUGACACCGCAUUUGUAACCGGCUUCAUCGUGGUGGCAGCAAAUUCUGGGAUCAAAGGCUCCGGACCACGGCACCCAUAGCCUUGGCAAGAUCUUGCUCCUACUGAUCUUUCCUGGGCCAUUGUGUGAGAUCAGGUUGACUUGGCGAACCAAUAUUCUGAUAGAACCGUUCUUUGUAUCCCGAAUCAAACUGGGGAGGCAAAAAACAGCGAGCGAGGGCACGUAGGUGAGGGAGCAGGAUGGAGAGUCCACUUUUGCGUCCGACCGGUGGGUUGUCGAAGCCGCCGCGCUGCCGCAGUCCGAUAGAUGCAGAUACCCGCCAGCCAAAGAAAUGCCGUCAGCUAGGUGCCAUACUUGACGAGAUCACACCGACUUUACCGGUCAAUCCAUUCAGCCUGAUCCCGUCACAAGAUAGUGAUCUCUAUGGCGGCUCCCUGUACCACCACCCCACGUUUGCCCCAAACCUGCAUGGGUAUGGGAACUGGUUGGACGGCGCAGCAGUUCCUACAUGGUCUCCGUACGACUACAAGCAAGGUACGAACGAGAUGGCGUUGCAAUCCAAGGUCCAGUUGGACAGUGAUGAUUGA